AUGGCUGAGCUGGUGGAGGAAAUUGUGCGUCGCCCAUUGUCUUGUGAUACCAACCGCCAUAUUCUGCACGUGACCAAGAAUUCACCCGCGCUGGGUGAGGUCCAUGGCACCCAUCGGCCACGCCGCGAGGGUUGGACAUGCAGAGAAAUUUCUUUCCUUCACCGUGACACGCCACCCUGCGACUGGAGAAGGAAAGAAACACCCGCCGGGCAACAGCGUGAGGCCGGACAGGGAAUGCACGUCAAGGCAACAGAAAGAGCGCCUGACAGGAUCUCCACAGCGGAAGUGACAAAUGCGCCCUGCACUACACAGAAGGGCCGUAGACAGGGGAAUGUAAAGAGUGGAGCAUGGGACCUGGGGAAGGAGGGCUGUGAAAUUCUACAGAAGAUUGAGUGUGGAGAGCAUGAGGUGAAGGGGAGAACAAGGGAAGGUUCCAGGGAAGGUUCCAGGGCCGGGACGCACGUUGAUGACCCAGGUGGGCUCGAGUCUGCGGUCGGCGGCGCGGACCGCAAGCGCAGAAGAGGACAGCCGGUUUCCGCAUCGGGAAAGGCCGUUUCCCGCCUGGGAGGCCCUCAAAGGUAG